AUGGGAUUUCAAUUUUCCCCAACCCGUGUCGGUCACUUGACAAUCACAUUCCUCGUCGUCGUCGUCUGCUCUCUUCUCUUAUCGAAUCCCGUCGCUUCCAGUGCCCUAAGACCCAAAUCAGAGCACGAUUGCAGUGCCCUGACGCACUUGCACGACUACAAUUCAAAGUGCGCUUACCUCAAAUCGAUCAAGCCCUGCGCGAAUCAAGGCUUCAUCGAUUACCUCUCCUUCCUCUACUGCAAUUUCGACGGAUUCCCAGUACUGGGUCUCUCUCUCCUCUUCCUCUGGCUCCUCGUCCUCUUCUACCUACUCGGCGACACAGCCUCCGAAUACUUCUGCUCCUCUCUCGAAUCUCUCUCAAAGCUGCUCAAUUUAUCACCAACCGUCGCCGGCGUGACGCUUCUGUCUCUCGGCAAUGGCGCUCCUGAUCUCUUCGCGAGCUUGGUCUCUUUCAUGGGAGAGUCAAAGGGCACAUACGACGUCGGUCUCAACACGGUUGUUGGAGGCUCUUCGUUCGUCACGUGCGUCGUUGUUGGAGUCAUAAGCAUUUCGUUGCACAAGAGACGCGUUCGCGUCGAGAAGUCUGCGUUUAUAAGAGACAUUGGCUUCUUCUGCGCUGCGAUUGGUUGCUUGGCUUUGAUUUUGGUCUAUGGGAAGAUCAAUUUCUGGGGCGCUCUUGGGUUUUGCUCGAUGUAUGCUGUUUAUGUCGCGUUUGUGUAUGUCUCUUGGAGAAUUGGUGGUGAAGGUCAAGACUCUGAUCUUGAGUCGGUCCAUAAGCGUGAUAGUCUUAGUGAACCAAUGUUGCAGAGACUCGUCGAUGUUGAGGGAAUCGAAGAUGGUAUUGUUAAUGGAGAGCAUCAUAAUGAUGAUGACGAUAACGAUGAUGGUCGAUAUUACUGGAGAUUGGUGGUUUGGGUUAUUACUCUGCCUCUCUACUUGCCGAGGAGGUUCACGAUUCCUGUGGUGAGUGAAGCGAGAUGGUCUAAACCGAUAGCUGUUGCGUCGGUUACGUUUGCUCCGGUUUUGUUGUCUUUUUUAUGGAAUUGGAAGAGGAAACCGACGAGUUUUGAGGUUGGGGUUGUUUAUCUAACCGGGGGUUUAGUCGGUUUAGUUCUUGGAUUGGUUGCAGUAGCCACGACGAAGAGAUCAAACCCGCCGAAGAAAUGGUUGUUGCCUUGGUUAGCGGGAGGGUUUGUGAUGAGCAUGACGUGGAGUUACAUAUCAGCGCAGGAGCUGGUCGCGCUUUUGACUUCGUUGGGUUACAUUUUCGGUGUGAGCCCUUCGAUCUUGGGGCUAACGGUGCUCGCUUGGGGAAACUCUAUAGGAGAUCUUAUCACCAACGUGACGAUGGCGCUGCACGAUGGGAACGAAGGAGCUCAAGUGGCUGUGUCGGGGUGUUACGCUGGUCCGAUCUUCAACACGCUGUUUGCUCUCGGGAUAUCGCUCGUGGGAUGCGCGUGGGAUGUUUAUCCGUCGAGUAUUGUGAUUAAGACGGAUCCUAAGUUGUUGGAGAGUCUUGGGUGUUUGGUUAUUGGACUGGUUUGGUCCUUUUUGGUUCUGUUUAGUAAUCGGAUGAGGCUUGGUGGUGUGAUGGGGAUUGGGCUUUUGGUUAUUUACUUGGCCUCGUUGUCUCUAAGGAUUAUACAAACGGGUGGUUCUCACUAA